UCUCCAUCGAGACAGAGAGACUUCUAAAACUGAAGAAAGAUAAGGAAGACUUCUACAAACAAGUUAUCGAUGCUUUUGUUCAGAAGGAGCGGCGCAUGGACUUCAUUUAUAAGUAAAGACCCAGAGCAGAUCGGUGGAGCAUCGAGGCAAGCUGACUGGCAGUGAAGGAAGAAGGAGACAAAAGGGGAUAAGAUGAAGGCGGUCAAGAAGGCCAUAAAGAACUUGGACAAGUCCAACACAUGCACAUCACGGAUGUGGAGGCUCUUUCCUCACCUCUUGUUGUGUAUGUCUCUAGUUGUUUACGCGGUGGUGGGCGCACUUAUAUUCCAAAAAAUUGAAGGAGGGAACACAACCACCAACGUGGAGUACAAGGACUUCUUAGGAGACAUAGUGCUGCACGUCCAGAACCUCACCAGGCACGUCCAGAACCUCAUCAAGAACUCAUCAGUCACACAACAAAUCGUAGAUGACUUGGAGAACAAGAUGCAAGAGGAUUUCAAGACCAUUUGGCUCCAACAGCCUGGCAGGUGGACCUUCGCUGGCUCCUUGUUCUUCUGCUGCACGGUCUUCACAACAGUGGGUUACGGACACAUCUACCCGGUCACGCUGCUGGGAAAAGUGGCGUGCAUGUUGUACGCCAUGGUGGGCAUCCCUCUCAUGCUUUUGGUCAUCCUGGACGUCGGAGACUUCCUCGCCGCGCUGACAUACCGGGCGUAUGUCCGCAUCCACGCCUGCUUCAAAGUCCUGCGCUGCCACUCUUUUCCGUCACUGAGGUCUCGUAUGAAAACCAGGGAUCCCAGCCAGUGGACCCUGGAAGACGACGUUUUCAGCCACGACGUCGUGGUCCGAGAAAUGCUCAACAUCGGGGACGUGCUGCAAACUCAACUGACUGUGAAGCAAAAUGCCAUGGAGCUGGAAAAAAAUAAAGAGAUCUUUGAAAAGAUCCUUGCCAGGGAAAAACUCAUUCGAAAGGGACCCCUUCUGCGGAGUCUCUCCUGCCCAGAACUGAACCAAAUGCCGCCGCUUCCCACUGGAUUUGCCAUUUGGGACUUCACCGGGUUAGGGGAUAGUAUGGAGCAGCUGAAUGUCCCCUUUGUGCUGAUUCUUUUCAUCGUAUUUGCGUACAUUCUCUUUGGAGGCGGGAUUAUGCCCCUCUGGGAGAAGGAUUUCGAGGGACUUGAUCCAUUCUACUUUUGCUUCAUCACGCUUACUACCAUUGGUUUUGGAGACAUGAUCCCUAGUCAUACCAACUAUUUCCUGCUUACCUCGCUCUUCGUCAUCGCAGGCAUGGCCAUCAUGUCCAUGGCGUUCAAGCUCAGCCAGUCACGGCUUGUCGACUGCUACCGCAGGUUCUUCAAGGUCCUCAUGAGGGCUGGACAAUUGAUCAAAUAUUAAUCACGAUUUUGAUUUUGGCUUCUCAAGAUCAUAAAAAUGUUGUUGUAGAAAAAAACUAAUACGGAACGUGCAUGCUAAUUCCUGAGCUUGUAACAGUGAAAUGAUGAGUGAGCGAACGAGUGAAAAAAAAAAGACCGCAUCUACUGGAAGUGAAAUGUAAGUGAAAUGUUGUCAUCGUAAGGAGAAGGAACAUUUGUUUGGGAAAACAAUACCGCUCAGUUGUCCCCGAAACACUCGACUGCCCCACAACACACCUUAUCUGCUUGUGUUGUGGUGAAUGACAUCGUCGUUGUAAGAUCAAUGUACAAACCGGAUAUCAGUCGCAACUUCAAAAGAUCUCUCUUUUUUUUUUUUUUCAAGUCGUCUCGACACGUCAAGCUCGGAACAACAGCACACUUCCCAAAACCCUUUCACAAUAACAGCGCUGUGCGCAACAUCCGGUCUGACUGCGCUGACAAGACAAAGGUUUCAAAAAGGUACUUUGCAGAAGCUUAAUAAAGUCAGAGCAAAUUGAUUAUGCUUUGACUUAAAAUACUGGUCAGAAUUGUCGAGGGAUGUAUCGCACCAAUAAAUGUGAGGGUUUUUGCAUUGAA